GUGGCUGGGGCGGGGCUGUAGCUGGGGGCGAUGGCGGGGUUGGAGCUCCUGUACUGCUCUGUGAGUCGGGAUGUGGUGUCCGCGGGGGACGCGCUGGUGUGCUUUGUGCACUGGGAGCUGGUCCAGGCCGGCUUCAGGUGUCUGGGCGGCGGGGACCAGCCAGGAGCCGUUGAGGAGAAGAAGAAGGAGCUGCUCCCUGCUGGCUGGAAUGCCAAUCAGGAAGUGUACACACUCCGCUAUCAGUCCAAUGACAACCAGAAAGACCUGCUGUUAAAGGCUGUGAAGGUGGACUCCAGUCUUCUCAUUAAUGUCAUGAAUCCUCACUUUGAACAGGUUGUGGAUCUGACGGUGAAUCUAGGUGAUUUUAUCAGAGAGGAGCACCUGCAUGAGUUUGACAGAGUCUUUAAGAAUGAAGGGCAACUCCGAGCCCGCAUUGAAUCGGGGAUAAUUGUCCCGCUUGUCGGCGGCACAAAUCCAAAGAGUAAAGAAGGGACGCAGAAAGGAACAAAACCCUCCACAUCCCACCCAAACACAAACCCUCUGACUGACCCGAUGUUACCCUUUGCAACAGGAGGUGAAGAUCUGGAUCCCUUCGGUAAUAGACGAGGAGGGAUGAUUGUUGAUCCUUUACGAUCUGGAUUCCCAAGGCUGGGCUUUGAUCCAUCAGCAGGAAUCCCGGGACAACUUCCUCCAGGAUCUGUUCCACCCGGAGCAAGAUUUGAUCCAUUUGGACCAGUGGAACCGGACCGCAGUAGGCCAGACCCAGAUCAUCUCCCUCCCCCCGGAUACGACGACUUGUUUAUGUGAUUUUUCUUGAACAAAAUGUUGAUUGUAAAACUGCAUCGUGCUUUCCUCCAGCCCUGCCCGAUGCCUAAUGUAUGUGGCCUUCACUUUUCUGAUCUAAUGGAACAUUUAUAAUUCUUAUUGUUUAGUUUAUCCUGUGAAGCACUUUGAGAUGCCUGAACAAUGUAAUAAGGCGCUAUAACAAAUUCAGAUUAUUAUUAUCUUGCAGAAUUUGAUGGCUCACUGCAAUGUCCGAGGGAGAAAGAAAUGUUUAUUAACUGAUAAAUUAAAAUCUUAAAAUGUUGUUACUUACAACAUCUUACAACUAUCAGAAUUUACUGUAAGUGUUGAAAACUUUUAGGGCUAGUUAGAGACAAGAGACAGACAGACGCAGGCAGAGCGACGCAGACAGGCAGAGUGGCGCAGCCAGACAGACAAAAUGACACAGACAAAGCAAAGCAGACAGACAGACAGAGUGACAGAGCAAUGCAGACAGAGACAGACUGAUGCUUGAAAUUGUUGGUCGGAGAUGCCCAGGAGAUUGAACAAUACUAUGUGCAGAAAGCAACUGAAUUUGGGGAUUAAUAUUCUUAAAUGUAAUUAAAAAUAAAAUCUUCACUCUGUGUCCAACAAGUUUUACCUCAAAGUUCAGUCAGGCUAGCAGAUUCAGCUCUGGUAUCUUUAUUAUCUGAAAAUCAGAGGCACAUCAAACACUGAAUAACAACAUUGGUAGUUUAAAAAGUGAUCACACCAAGAAAAACUCACCAAAUAUAUUGAUAAACUUCAAAACAUUCCCAUCGACAACUCGAGCAUCACAAUCAAGACUUAAAUACACAUUUAUAACUCAGAAUAUUCUUUCAAAACUUGUUACCAGUAGUGAACACACAAACCAUACACUUUGCAAGUACAUCGACAGCAGGAAUAUUACAGCUUUUAAAAAAAGUAAAAAAAAUCAGUCUCCUUAUCAGGUAACAGUCUGUUUUGAAGCCCUAUGAUAUAUCCCAGUGGGUUACAAGUGACAUUUGGUAUUCUGACUAUUGGUUGUACAGUGGGAUUCACCUAAAUUCAUCUUUAAUCAUUUUACUUGGAUUUUUAAAAGUUUAUUGAAUAAUAAUGUUUACAUCUUUGCCUUUCAACAUAUUUCCACCUUAUGGCAUCAUACAUCUGACUUUGAAAAACAGCACAAUUUCCACUUCGCUAGCGACAGCAGCUAAGGCUUCAAUGUAGAUCGUCUUAAAAUAAAAAUUCUCCUCUCCUGGAGGUACGAGGGCCCCUGCAGCAUCACCUGGUCACUCUGCCUGUGUGAGUCAUAACAGUGUGUCUGCACAUUGUUAUAUUCAUCACCUUGUACACACCAAUGACCACAGUUAAAGAGAACUAAACAAUCCUACCUUGCUCUCUCUAACACCCCUCAGACAAAUACUUUGAAAGGUAAAGUUGCUAAUCUAUAUUGUAAUAAAUGUAUGUGUUGACAGGGGUCAGUGGAUAUAGAUCUGGUGAAUGUUCCUCUCAGCAGAGAGCAGCAAAAGGCAGGGAUUAAAGUCAAUGCUAAGACUCCCUUACCUGUGACUCAUUAACAUGUCAGGGCAUCAACUUACAUCACACUCUCUGACAAGCCUAAAAAUAGUGCAGAACAUUUAUUUAUAUGUAAUUUGUAGCUGUACAGAGGUAAGAUUUCAAAUAGUCUUUUAACUCUACCUUUUAUUGAAACCAUUUAAACCACUGUGUGUAGUCAUUAAAUAAUUGUAACCUUAAACAUUUCCAAUCCCUCCACGUUGGCCCAAGUCGCCUCCUGCUCUGACAUCAACGCCAUCUGAGGCAUAGGGAUUGGCUCCUUGGUCUGGGCUCAGCCCUAUCAAGGCCAAUAGAUUUCUUCAGGUGUGCAGUGAGAAACAUUGUAAACCCUUUUCAUUCAUUGCAUAAAAUGUUUUUGUCUUA